AUGGUGUCUGUACCUGGGCCCUCUGCUAUUACAUCAACAGCUGUGCAGACAGCUCUGGAGCUCUAUCCAUCUCUCGUGGACAACGUUUACAAUUCCAAAAUGAAAGACCCAAAGAAGGUCAAGGCCGCUCUCGAACGCGAAACCUGGCGCUUCGAGGAGCUUCCCCAAGAGUUGGGCCAUCAGAAAGCUCGAAAAGGAGGGCUGUCGAAGGAGCAGGUCGAACGACUCGUUCAAUGGAAAAUUACGCACGGGCAGUCACGUCCCUUCCUUCCAGCAAUGGUCCGUAAGAACGACGCCUCGUUCGUCACAGAACAGACUACUUUGGGGUGUGAUGUGCUCGACUCUGAGUCCCGGCCUCCAUCGACGGGCACAGUCACUGCCGCACUCGAUGCUGUAUGUAAGCUUUCAGGAAUUGGCCCAGCUACGGGGACGUUAAUUCUCAACAUAUUUGACCCUAUCAACAUUCCCUUUUUCCAAGACGAAAUGUAUGCCUGGGUUUUUCCUGACUCGAAAGCGACCAAGCUUAAAUACACCCAAAAAGAAUACAUUCAGCUACUCGAGGCAGUGCGUCCCGUAUUGAAAAGACUCGGUGUCAAGGCAGUAGAACUAGAGAAGGCCUCGUACGUGUUUGGUCACAUGGACUUUCUCGACGAGCAUGGGCGGACCAAGCUAGAAGAUGCCUUUAGGAAUGAGGCCACGAAGAAGGAUAACCAUGAAACUCUACAAGAAGACAAGAUUAUCGCACAGCGAGCGGCCAGUGAGAGAACUACACGUGGGUCGAAGCGAGGCGCGAUAGAAGAUCCGGAGACAGGGUCGAACGAACAAAAGCGCAAGAAGAUGACAUCGAAAUCAAAGAAGCGGUAA